AUGGUCCGUUCGGGACUCGGCAAGUGCACAUCCUGUGCCAAGCUGCCUGAGCGUUUGGGCGAGCACUCCCGUCAAUUUCGCAGGUGCGUCAUGGCCGAGCUGCGAACGCAGCUGGGCGAAGACGAUGAUGAAGAUGAACCUGAAUACUUGCAGUUCAAGGUAAUUCUUCUCGGCGACGGUGCGGUUGGAAAGACUUCGAUGGCCACGCGAUUCUGCGAGGAUCACUUUGCCAAGCAGUACAAGCAAACGAUAGGCUUGGAUUUCUUUGUCAAGAGAGUGGUUCUGCCAGGCGACAUUCACGUAUGCUUGCAGAUAUGGGACAUUGGCGGCCAAUCCAUUGGUGGCAAGAUGUUAAGCAACUACAUCUACGGCUCCAGUGCUGUCGUCCUCUGCUAUGACAUUACCAACUAUCAGAGCUUCCAACAUCUGGAGGACUGGUUGUUCCUGGUCAAGCGCACGUUCGACAAGACACCGCUUCCGUAUAUUGCAUUGAUGGCAAACAAGCACGACUUGGCGCAUAUCCGAGCUGUGAAAGUAGACAAACACAAUCAGUUCGCGGAAGAGAACGACUUGUACAGCUAUUUCGUGUCCGCGCGGACAGGAGACCAGGUUCAUUCGUCAUUCUUUCGAAUCGCUGCAGAUCUUGCAGGUGUCACCUUGACAAAACCCGAGCUCGAGGUUGCGCAAAAGCCAACCAAGGCCGAGCUGGUGAAUCAUCCAAGAAACGAUCCUGCGCAUCCCGAGGCCAACGCCGAUGACAUAGCCAAAGAGAAGAAGUGCUCCAUCAUGUAA